UGUUAUUUUCAUGUCUACAAUAGCACUAGAUAACUACCUUACCAGUCAUGGCUUAAUACUUCAAGAAACUGGGGAUAUCACAAAAGGAAGAAAAGUUAUCUCUACUCGAAACCAUGAACGAGGUCAUGUCCUUAUUACUUCACAACCUCUUGGAACUAUCCCUUUACCCUCGCGUCGUCAAGAAAUCUGCAAUUAUUGUUUCCGAAAACCACAACAACCAACCAGUUUACAAAGAUGUUCUCAAUGUAAAACCGCUUAUUUUUGUGACAAAGCUUGUUUCAAGAAUGCAUGGCUGACCUACCAUCAAUAUGUCUGUCGACCCAACUCUGCAACUCAACAACUAGUGGACGAUGAUGAUCAAGAUGCUUUAGAUCUGGAAAUGCUAGAACGUGUUGCUUUGAAUUGUUGGCGCUACAAUAAACGGAAACUAAAUCAACAAGUUCAAUUGGAAACAAUUUCUACCGAAGAACAACGACAGGAAGAAAACGUGGAUGCAACAAUGGAAGCUUUUUAUAGUUUGAUGGAUCAUAAACAAAGUCAACCAAAACACACAAUACAACGAUUCAGUCAAUUAUCUCAAAAGGCGCUUUCUCGUGUUUAUUUGAAAGAUAGUGGAUUGACAACCAACGAACUUGUACAGUGUUUAUGUCGAUUCCAAUGCAACAAUUUUGGUGUUCACGAUGAUCAUUUAUUCACUAUUGGCGAAGGUACUUACCCUGUGGCUUCACUGAUCAAUCAUUCAUGUCGACCUAAUGCUAUUGUUAUGUUUGAUGGUGCUUUACUCUGUGUGGUGGCUAUCGAAAACAUUCAACCAGAUCAAGAGGUGACUAUUUCUUAUGUAGAUGCUGCUCAUGAUCGAUCCCAUCGCCAAUCAACACUCUUUGGAAAAUACUUUUUUCAUUGUGAUUGUGUUCGCUGUCUGGAUGAUACAAAUAUCUAUGGUGAAAUUGAUUCUCUCUUGGGUAAUGAAGCAUCUGAUUGGGAUCGUGCUCAAGCAUUAUUAAUGGAAAACAACGACAACACAUUACGUAGCAAGAUCUUACAACAAGUGAAUGAUUGGGAUUUAUUGGAAAUGUGUCGCUUAUACGAUCGGAAACAUGAUGCAAUCCCUGAUCCUACAAAGCCUUUGGAUUUGGCAACCUAUACCCAUUUUGUCAUUCAAUUCUUUGCCCCUUAUCUCUGGUCAGUCAACAAUCCUAGUAUACGUUUGGUCAAUGAACGUUCUCCCUCUAGUGCUGCUGCUGGCAGCUCAUCAAGAUCUAGCACGCCUCCACCUUUACCAUCACCACCGUCAAGGGGACUUUCUCAUUUCGAUGAUCCUUUACCACAUCUUGCUCGACCCAUGGUACCUGAUUCUUAUCAAGCUAUUCUCCAGAAAGUGAUGUCGAUGAUUCGAUCUUAUCCUGUGGAUCCUGAUGUUGUACCUUUCCAUCUGACGACCCUCUCGGCUUCAACACAACUGCUGUAUGAUGAAAUGAAUGCGGGCAAUUGGCGAAACGCGGUCAAGUUGGGUAUGUAUGUGUUGAUACAAUACUGUUGGAUCUACCCUCCUUAUCAUCCUAUAUUGGCACAACAUAUCUUGUUACUGGCAAAAUGUAGCUGGAACUCCAUCAUCAAAUCAGAAUUAUUAGGCGAUGGCAAGGCACUGGAAACUGUUUAUGAACGUGGUGUACGACGAUGGCUCAUGCUUUCCAAAGAAGCUCUUGCUUGUUGUGUUGGGAAAAAAGGGGAUCAAUGGCGUGAAUUGAUUGAAUUGGAAUGGAUCUUUUUACGGGAACAAAAGUUGAAGGAAUAGAUUAGUUAUUUAUUUUAGUCAUUGAUUAGAUUAUUAUCGUUAGUUUUUAUUAUUAUUAUUAUUAGUGUUAUUAGCAGUAGGAUUGUUGUGGAUGAAAAUAGGAAUAAUAAACGUUUUUUAUUUUUAUCGUUUGAUGAUGAUUAAAUUUUUUUAUUUAUUUAUUUAUUUCUUUUACAAAGACUUUGUUGAUGGGUUGGGUAAUGUCAGAUACGUCCGUAUAUUU